AUGGGCUGCGGAGCGUCAACGACGACUACCGUUCAACCACCGUCUUCUAGAUCUUCGGACAAAAAGGUUUCUACUACAACUGUUUCAACGCCGUUAUCACAUCAGGAACAGUUCAGUACCACCACCACUUCGAAGAAACCAAAAGAAGAGCGAGGCUUACAAUCAACUGCCGAUGAAACAACGGCCGUUCAAUUGCAUUCUCUACGUGCACGUAAAAACUACGAAGACUUUAUUGUUAUUUGGCUCGAUGCAAACGUAAAAAGCAGCGCAGAAGACAAUCAGGCAGCGGCAAACCAGCUGCGAACCAUUGUGGGUCGUCUUGAAAUCUUUGAUAAUGAGGAAGAAUGUCUUGGCUAUAUCGCGGGCAUUGAGAAAGAAAAAGUCUUUCUCGUCGUCUCAGGGUCGAGUGGGAAACGUCUACCUCCAAAACUAUACAAUUCUAGUCAAAUCUCGGCAGUUUACAUAUUUUGUUCCGACGUAGAAAAACAUGAGAAAUGGGCAAAAUCUUAUAAAAUUGUCCAUGGUGUCUACGCAGAUAUUCAUCCUCUUUGUGAACAGCUUCGAAAAGACACUGCACUUUCGUCGAAUGAUUUACUCGGAAUAAAUGUCCUGAGUUCUACUGGUACUGGUGAGAGUGAGGGUGGUGACAUUCAUCAACAAGAAUGUAGCUAUUUAUAA